UCUAGGUCUCUGCAUCUCCUCUCAUUUUCAAUUCAACCUUCCCGAUCAAUUGCAGUUCGCCACGAUGAGUCUCAAGCGCAAGGCAGCAGAAGUCGCCACUAACGCUAAAAAAACAAAAGUCAAUGGUAGCAUCACUUCGUUCUUUGGUGCACCGAAGCCAAAUUCGGCUACUGCGUCGCCUGCCGCUAAAUUCGACAAGGACGCCUGGGUCGAGAAGCUCACGGAUGAGCAGAAGGACUUACUCAAGUUGGAGAUUGAUACCUUGCAUGAGAGUUGGCUGCUUCACUUGAAGGAUGUCCUAGUGUCGCCCCAAUUCUUAGAAUUGAAGCGUUUCUUAAAGAAAGAGCUUGCGAGCGGGAAGACAGUAUACCCUCCAAUGAAGGACGUGUAUUCAUGGUCGCGCCAUACGCCGCUGAACACUGUCAAAGCCGUAGUUCUGGGUCAGGAUCCGUAUCAUGGCCCUAACCAGGCCCAUGGACUCUGCUUCUCUGUCCGGCCGCCUACUCCAGCUCCGCCUUCGCUCAAGAACAUCUAUACCGCGCUGAAGAAGGACUAUCCUGAUUUCGAGGCGCCGCCUAACAAGGGAGGUCUGCUGACACCGUGGGCUGAGCGUGGUGUGCUGAUGAUCAACACCGUUCUUACCGUUCGACGUGGUGAAGCCAACUCCCAUCAGGGCAAGGGCUGGGAGCAAUUGACUCAGAAGGUCAUUGACACGGUCGCAAAAGUGAGGACCAAUGGAGUGGUCUUCCUUGCUUGGGGUACACCAGCAGCCAAUCGUGUUAAGGGCGUUAACACGGAGAAGCACUUGAUCCUCAAGAGUGUCCAUCCAAGUCCGCUUAGCGCGAGUAGAGGAUGGUUUGACUGCCACCACUUCAUCAAAACCAACGAAUGGCUUGUGCAGAGAUAUGGGAAGGAUUCUGAGAUUGACUGGAAUCUGAAUGUCGACCCGGAAAAGGCAGGAGUCUAACUAGACGACGAGACUGGCUGCGGUGGUAUGCCAAAGCUAUAUCACGUCUUCAAAGUGAACUGGAGCCUAUCGAAGUUGAAUCUUCGAUACAGUGUGUUUGUCUGCAGUCUUGGGUAAUAUUUGGUAUAGUCUGGGCUGCUAGGUGUAACAGGCGUUGGCUCAGGAGUCUUGGUCAGCUUGGGUACGAAAAUGAAGCUUACACAGUAGGUAUGAAUUUAGCCUCACUUUCAAGCUCAUUAUCUGGGCAAUUGAGUGCUUGGC